CCAGCCCAGGGCUGGGCAGGCCGGGCGCGCGCGCGCGCGAGCCAGCGACUUCCUUCCUGUCUGCUCUCCUCCAACUUGACUGACUCCAACCACAACACAACUGGGUCGAUUUGCGCGUUGUUGUCCCCCGAUGAGCAAAGCAUUGCCUGAAACCUGAACGGUCAUGACUGAGCAGGAGGAGCGCACGUUCACGGACAGACUGGAAGCGGCACUCUCUUGGAUGAAGGCUGUCCAGGAGAGGCUGAGGGCAAACGAUAAUACCCAAGGGCCCCGCAAUGCUCUAGAAGCCAGACUCAGAGAGACCGAGAAAAUUCACCAAUCAGAGCACGAUGGUCGUGUGAAGAUGGAGAUGGCGCUGGUCGCAGCGGAGCGUCUUCUGGAGACGGGGGAGGAAGGAGUGAAGAGCCACAUCCACGCUAAGCUCAAAGAAUUAAAAAGUUGUUGGGAGGAAACGUGCACCUACAUCAUUCACGUCCACAGUCGGAUCGAGUGGGUGUGGCUCCAUUGGAGUGAGUAUUUGAAGGCCCUCCGGGAGUUUGAGUCGUGGCGAGCCAAGCAGCAGUGCCGCUUGGAUGUCGGCGUGCCCUUGCAAGUGGGAUUGAAGGAAAAGCUGUGGCAAGCGGACCAACAGAGAGUGGCGCUGAGCGACGUCCACGCCCAGGCAGCUCUGAUCAAGAGGCUGCUGGACGAAGCCGCCGUGCUGCACGACAGAACCCGAGACUCCAGCGUGGACUCCCGAGCUCGGGAGGGACUGCAGCAGGCGUACGACCACCUCAAGGACAAGGUGGAGGAUCGCCUAGCGCUGCUUCAGGGAAUAGCCGAGGAGCACCGGACUUACCGAGGCAGUGUUGAGCGCUUUCAGUCAUGGCUGCUGUCCAAGACCAAGGAGCUGACAGAUCUUAUGGAGAAAGAGGACACGUCAGAGAACAAGAUCCAAGCUUUAAAAGCCCUGGACGACAUGGUAGCCAGUGAGGAAAAAGCUCUGCAGCAUAUAGAGGCUGCGGCUGAAGGCGUCAGAGUCCAGACGUGCCCCGCUGGAGCGGAGCUGGUUGUAGACGAGGCUGAAGAGCUCAGGCUUGGUUGGCAGAGACUGAGGCAAGGCCUGUGUGAGGUUGAGGAGGGUCUGCGCUCCGCAUUGGAUACGCACGACGACUACUCGGAAAGAUGCAGGCGACUGCAAGACGACGUGGGAAGCCUCCGGACACGACUCCGGGAGCUAGAGCGGGAACUGGAGGACCCUCGUGGGGCUGAGUUUAGCGAAGAGCAGAUGAUGGACCAGUGGAGAAGAUACACGGACGCGAGAGAGGCUCUGGCGGCGGAGGAGUCCCAAGUGGAACGUCUAAAGUCGCAGCUCAAGGAACUGUUCGGGUUCUCGGAGGACUCCCGUCACAUUUCCGACGAUGUCCUCGCUGUGGUCAGAGAACAUCAGAGCGUGAAAUGCAAAGCGGCCAAAUUGUGCUCUGAGUCAGAGUGCGGCUUGAGAAAGACGCUGGAGGACACCCUGCUUUUCUUUGCGCGCUGGAGAGAUAUGGUCUCUCAGGUUGUGGAGGCAUCGGCUGAGGUCACAGACUUGUCACACAUUGUUCUACUGCUCCAGAAUAUUGAGCGGCUGGUGAAGGACAGUAUCCAGCUGCAGGAGCGUUUGAAUCAGCUCCAAACGAGGGGGGACCGGCUACAAUCUCUGUUUGAUCCCAAACGGUCCGAUGCUCUGCGCAGUGAGCUGAGUUCUGCAGCGAGGAACAGAGAACUACUGCACGAUCAGCUUAUACAGAGAAAGGGAAGACUGGAGGCUUUCAUCUCAAGCGCAAAGGACUUUGAAGAGGCCUCCGUUGUGAUUGGCUCCAAGUUGAGCAGUCUCAGAGAUGCGAUGACGGCAACCGUUGGGCUCCAGCCUGACAUCCUGGCAAAGAAAAGUCAGUCCCAGCAGUUCAGGACACAAUUAACCCUGAGCGAGGAGGUGGACAGUGGAUCCUUUGGUCAAACUGAAGACUUAGCCGUACUGCCUGGACUACUGCAGGGUAAUCCUCUCAAAGUAUCAGGAAAAGGGAUGGGCAGCCACACUUUCUGUGCUGAAGAUGGAGAGGAUUUGUCCAUGUUGAGUCUAGCAGGUCAGCAUCAGCAGCAUCAGCAGCAGCAGCCUCUUGCUGAAGACUCUACAGUGGAUGCAAAUGUUAACAGUGACACAGCAAGCAGAAGAGCACUUUGGCCUGCUAGUGAUGAGGAAAGCCCAGAAGAAAGGGCUCUGGGCCAAGGUGAAGGAGCUUUCAGGCUUUUCACACAGCAUCCAACCAAGCAGCAAGCUAGCACAAUGAUGGAUGAAGUGGAAUUUGAGUACAAAAGGAUAGAGUUUGAGGCUUGGCUCUGCAAAGAAAAUGAGCUGCUUUCAGGGAUCCUUAACAGCAAGGGAGCGACACUCAAGGGCAACCAACUCAAGAUACAACAGGAAACAUUAAACGCCCUGAGGUCAAGGGUAACCUGGGGUCAGGAGCACUUCCGACUUUUACUUCAAGGAAGUGCAAUGAGUAAGAGUGGAUCAGGUUCCGCAGCAGACGCAAGUCUAGAAGAACUUCGUUACCGCUGGAUGCUCUACAAGUCCAAGCUAAAGGCUGUUGUUGUCCCCCAGGCUAGGCUGGGCUCCAAGAAAAUCACCCACAAAUUGGGGAAACCUGCCACUGGACCAACGCUAUAUAAGAAACCUGGCUUGCUGCAGCGGGUGUGUCGACUGGCUCUUCCUCUCUGGCUCCUCUUCCUGGCUUUACUGCUGCUGGCCUUUCUCCUGCCCCUUGUGGACAAAGGCGACAGCUGCUCCAUCGCCAACAACUUUGCAAGAUCUUUCAGUGUUAUGCUGCGCUACUCUGGACCACCGCCUACAUAGACACGCAACCCAUCGCACUUUCACAUUCUUGUCUCACGGCUCCAGUUCCAAGAGAUCCAAAAGCAUAUUUCAAUGAACAUUUGAAAAGCAUAUUAUGUUCACUAUUUACACACAUAUCAGCCAAAUGCCUUAUACAGUUGCUACUUGUUAGCCAACAAUAAAGUUGCUAAUAUUAACCAUAUAAAACAAAAUACUGUUUAAUCCUCAUUUUAAUCUCAUUCUUAUUUUCUCUGUGGGCAUUUUUCUUGCACAAAGCAUGACCUUGAAAAAGAAUUAAGAACCGACCGAUAUUAAAAACGUAUAUUAAAGUAAAAAAAAAGU